GCACUUGGCUCGGGGGCUGGAUGGUGGGUGCCAUCGGCCGCAGAAAGUCCCUCAUGCUCAUCGUGGUGCCGUUCACGCUGGCGUGGGCGCUGGUGGGCAUGGCGAUCAACCCUCCCAUGAUGCUCGUUGGAAGGUUCAUCAGCGGCAUCUGCUACGGCGUGACGACCGUGGCCGCGUCCACCUACGUCAUCGAGAUCCCCGACGCCUCCUUCCGGGGCGCGAUGGCCGCCCUCCCGACGCUCUUCUUCGGCCUCGGCCUCGUCGCCACGGUGACCGCCGGCAUGUUCCUGCGCUGGUACGCCAUCGCCCUCGUCGGCUACGCGGUCAUGGCGCUGUGCUCGUUGCUCAUGUUCUUCCUGCCGGAGACGCCGGCGUACCUGGCGGUGACCGGCGACAAGACGAAGGCCGGCCGCAUUCUGGAGCGCCUUCGCGGCCCGGACUUCGACGUCGACCAGGAGCUGAAGACCCUCCGCGAGUGCAACGAGACGAAGGCGGACCAGACCUUCGUCAGGCAGCUCCUCAAGCCCGAGGUGUACCGGCCGCUCAUCGUGUGCGUCGUCCUGUUCUUCAUCCAGAACUUCUCGGGGCUCACCGUCAUGUACUACAACACGACCCGCAUCUUCCACGCCGCCGGCUCCACCAUCGACGAGGACGUGGCCACCAUCUACGUGUUCUUCGUCAAGCUGCUCGGCACCGUCAUCGCCUGCCUCUUCCUCGACCGCAUCGGCAGGAGGGUGUGCAUGAUCCUGUCUCUCCUAAUCAUGGGCGUGUGCCUGGUCAUCAUGGGCGUCUACCUCAACCUGAAGGAGGGCGCGAUCACUGGCUUCGAGGUACACGAUGGCCUCCUAGCCGCCAACCAGACACUGGGCGAGAACCCGCUGGAGGACGAGGUAGUCACGAGGUCUCACGAGUAUUUGCCGCUACUGUGUUUAAUGGUAUACAUGUUCGCGUCGUGCAUCGGUGCCCAUCCUGUGCCCUGGAUCCUCAGCACCGAGUACUUCCCCACAACCACACGAGGCCAGGCCUCCGGAUUGUGUGCCAUGGCCUGCAGCCUGUUCAACUUCGCCGCCCUGCAGCUGUUCUCGCCCAUGCUCGAGGCCCUCUCGCAGGCCGGCCUCUACUGGGCCUACGGCGCCGUGUCCUUCCUCGGGGUCCUGUUCUGCCUCGUCUGCGUGAAGGAGACCAAGGGCAAGUCCGUGGGUUGA